AUGUUAUGCAACCGUCCAAAAUCGGGUGAAUCAUAUUGCUAUGUUAGCGACCUUUGGUUGUUGGUGAAAGUGGUUGAGCGAAGAGCAGGGAAAUCAACGGCUGAUGAUGAUGCAGAGCAAAUGGCUAAAGGGCUCAAUUCCCGCAUACGUCUGCCAUACCUGCAUACGCCCGCAUAUCCAGGCUGUUGCGGCGUCCAUUCCUCUGCUCGCAGUUGGAUAACUACUAGUAUAAAACGUGGAAGGAUUUCCAAGGCUCGCGAUGGAAAACUUUCGCUAAAUCCUCAGCUAAGUUUCGGCGAAGAUGAUCCCCCGCAGCUCCCCUCUAAUAGCGGCUCCUGCACGUUCCAUCUCAAACUGACAGAUCAUUCCAUAGUCAUGCUGUGCGACGCCUUCCACACUAACGACUUCAACCCAGUUAAUCGAAGAUGGCGUUCCGUUCUUAGUGGUUAUCUUGAUAUCUUGGUCUUUACCCCAUUGUGUCGACCUUGGUAUACUGACGCGAUAUUACACCAGGGACUGCCUGUUAAGUCCCCCUGGCUCCAGGACACCCAGAAGGACAUUCGCCUCCAAGACGAUUGA